AUUUGCGGAAGUAACGUAAUAUUAUUGUACGUUCGCUAUAGUUUACCCCGCAGAAUCCAACCGUCUGCUAUCGUCAAGCGCAAUUUUGCGAAAGCUCAGAAAUAAUAUUAAACUGCUUUAAAAAUGCCGUGUGGCAAAAACUUUAGGCGGAGAAGGGACUCGUCGGACGUGGAGGAGGACGAGACAACUAAUGAAGUCAGAUCCAAGCUAUCAGAGGCCAAAGAGCUUCAGAGUUUGCGGAAACGACAGACCGGAGUCAGUGUGACCGCCCUGUUGGUCGGGGAGAAACAGCCACACGACGCUGAAGCUGAUAAUGACCCGUUCAAACUGAAGACUGGAGGAGUUGUAGACAUGAAGAAAAUCAAAGACAGGAAUAGGGACAUGGGCAGGACAGAAGAGGAGACAGACCUGAACCUGGGCACCUCUUUUUCCGCUGAAACUAACAGAAGAGACGAGGAUGCGGACAUGAUGAAAUAUAUCGAGACCGAGCUGAAAAAGAAGAAGGGAUUGGUGGAAGCGGAGGAACAGAAAGUGAAGGUAAAGAAUGCAGAGGACCACCUGUACGAGCUGCCUGAGAGCAUCCGCGUCAACUCUGCCAAGAAGACGGAGGAGAUGUUGUCCAAUCAGAUGCUCAGCGGGAUCCCUGAAGUCGAUCUUGGCAUCGAUGCAAAGAUAAAGAACAUUAUCCAGACAGAGGAUGCGAAAGCCAGACUCCUGGCAGAACAAAGGAACAAGAAAAAAGACAACGGCACAUCUUUUGUACCCACAAACAUCGCCGUCAACUACGUUCAACACAACCGCUUCUAUCAUGAGGACGUGAACGCACCGCAGAGGCACCAGAGACACAGAGAGGAGCCUAAAGCGAGGCCGCUGCGUGUGGGAGACACAGAGAAACCAGGUCCAGAGGGUAAGAGGUUUAAAAAAAUGUGGAUCAUUCGUGGAGUAGCGUAUCUCGCGGAUCUACGACGGACUCUGAAAUCCUCUGUUCGAUGUGCGGGCAAGCACAGACUGCUGAUAGAGGGAAUAAAGCUGUGGUGUGAUGAGUCUUCUCAUACAGCGGUCGGUAAAAGCGGCGCUCGUAAAAGCGUCCUCACGUACUUCCAGACAUGUCGUGCUGCGUUUGCCGCUGGUGGUAGGAUGAUCGGAACAGUACACGCCAUAGCCCUCAGAGCGUCUGUCGUCGUGAAUAAUGAGAUGGAGGAAGCUGAAAAACGCCGAUUUGAUGGUAUCGAGUUUAUGAGAGAAGACUUCCUUAUAAAAUCCGUCUACUCAUCUCUCCUGGCCAGGAGGAGGAGGCUCGCUUCUCCUGAGCAUUUGGAGACUGUCUGGACUCCCCUCCUGAUAGCCGUCCUCGCCUGCGUGCAUACGGGAUUUCCGACUCCACUCAUCUUCUGA